AUACUGUGUUUGCUGUCUCCAUAUCUUGAUGACGAAUUGAUGAUGCCUAAAUUUUACUUCAAGCAAAAUUCCGGCGUUAAUUUCAGAAAAUGGUUGACGAUGCAAGAUAGAACUCUGGAUCAAACCGCUAGAAAUUAUCGAAAAUCUAACCAAUUUCAAGGUAUCAAUCUUUCUUUCUGUUCUAAUGUUUUGAAGUUUUCAGCUAAAGAGGGUUUUUCCCUCGAAGGAAAACAAAUACAUUCACCAAUGAUUAAGCUAGGUUACUGUAACGUGUUAUCGUUACACAAUCAAUUGUUAAGUUUCUAUGUGAAAUGCAACGAGUCCAGUGAGGCCUGCAAACUGUUUGAUGAAAUGCCUGUGAGAAAUGUUGUCACUUGGAAUACUUUGAUUCGUGAUUGUCAUUUGGGUUUUUGUUAUUUUAGAAGAAUGUUGCUGGAAGGGGUCAAAAUUGAUCGAAUUACUUUCUUGAAUUUACUUUGCUUGUCGCUUGAAAUAGGGAAGAUUGAGAUGGGUAAACAGUUCCAUUGUUGUAUAGUGAAAUUGGGGUUUUAUAAAGAUUGUUAUUUGAAUAGCUCUCUUGUUAAUUUUUAUGCUAAACUUGGAUUUGUUCAAGAAUCAAGAUGGGUUUUUGAUGAUGUUUUGGAGAAAGAUUUGGUUUUGUGGAAUGUAAUGGUGUCUUGCUAUGCGUUAAACGGGUUGAUCGAAGAUGGUUUUCGGGUCUUUCGGAUGAUGCAAUUAGAAGGGGUUAAAGGCGACGAUUUCACGUAUACUAGUCUAGUGAAUUCUUGUGCUAGUUUAGCAUAUCGCAAAUUGGGAAAACAGAUCCAUGGUGUUGUUCUUAGAUUCGGGUUUGAUCAAGAUCUGGUGGUGGCUAGUGCACUUACGGAUAUGUAUGUCAAGAACGAAAUAAUUACUCAUGCUCGUAAGGUGUUUGACGAAAUGCCUCAUAGGAACUUGAUUUCUUGGAACGCUAUGAUCGUGGGUUAUGGACGAUUUAGUGAUGGUAAGGAAGCUACGAAGCUUUUAAUGGAGAUGCUACGAGAAGGGUUUCGUCCUGAUGAACUGACGUUAGCGAGCGUCGUUAGCUCGUGUGGGAAUGGUGAAACCCUUCAGGUUCAUUCUUACGCUUUAAAAGUUGGGAAUUUAUUGUUUUUAUCGGUUUCUAAUGCUCUUAUAAAUGGGUAUUCUAAAUCUGGGAAUUUAGUAUCUGCUUUUGAAUUGUUUAGCUCGAUUGACCGGCCUGAUAUAGUGUCAUACACUUGUAUGAUUCAAGCGUACGCCUUUCACGGUCUUUCAAGAAACGCUAUUGAACUUUUCAAGAUUUUCGUUUCAAAUGGUGCACCAAAACCCGAUAAGAUCAUGUUUCUUGAGGUUCUUUCGGCUUGUAGCCAUGGUGGGUUAGUAACCGAAGGUCUUCAUUUCUUUGAAUUAAUGACCAUAGACUAUCGGAUAGAGCCAGAGGUUGAACACUACACUUGCCUAGUGGACCUUCUUGGUCGAGCCGGUCUACUGGCCGAAGCUCACAGGGUCAUGGUUUCCAUGCCGACGAUCCCUGGACCUGACACGCUCGGUGCGUUCAUUGGAGCGUGUAAGGUCCAUGGAAAUCUCGAGUUAGCGAAAUGGGCGGCGGAAAAGCUUUUUUUGUUGGAGCCCGACAAGAAUGUGAAUUAUGCUCUUAUGGCAAACGCGUUUGCUUAUUCCGGGAAGUGGUUUGAAUUGGCUGAGAUUCGUAAGACGAUGAGGGAUAAUUGUGGUUUAAAGAUACCGGGGUUCAGCUGGUUAGACCAUCUCCAACCCUAG